AAGUCGCUCAUGCCGCGGUGUCGCUUGCUUGGCUCCUCGCUUGCCUGCCUGCCUGCAUUACAUUCUAUUCUACCCAUUCUAUUCGAUCAAAGUGGAGAGCGGCGCUGCAGCGCGCAUGCAUUCAUACACAGUCCUGCGAUCGUGAAGUGAACCACACCGGACUGGGCUAGCUGCACCGAACACAGCAGCGCUUGGUAGAACGUAGGGCUGCAAUUGGGCUGCAACGAAGCUUACAACACUAGCUUAUUAUAAUAUAUCGUCUCGUCAAGGUAUACGGGUAUUUUAACAAGAAAUCGAAUCUCAGGAAUAAGGAAGCGCUCAUCCGAGAGACCGACGAGACUGUGCACUCUGCGAGGACUGAACGUACUGUGAAAACGAAUAAAUGCAGAGGAACUAGAGUCCGAAACGAACAACAAGAAAGACUGGCAGAACGAGAAAGAGGGAGAGAGCGAACGAGAGACACCUUAGAUGGAAGGUGGUCGGAUUGAAGGGAAUAACAAACUACCUGCCCGAGAGAAAGAGAGCGCGAGAGAGCGAGGGAGCAAGCAACGCAGGUUGAAAGAGGAGAAGAGCUCCACUCCUCCACUGAGCGGCGACACGUUCUGUCCAUCCCCUCUCCUCUGCUAGCGUCCUUGUCGACUCACUCUCUUCAGUCUCUCUGUGCACCAGGGAAUGGUGCUUCGUGCUCGCGAUGGUCUGGUGUGAGAAGGGAAUCCAGAUCUUGCUCACCACGGUGGGAGCGUUCGCCGCGUUCGGUCUGAUGACGGUGGCGAUCGGCACCGAUUACUGGCUCUACGCAAGAGCCUUCAUCUGCAACAGCACAGCCAACUCCAGCACCGACGACACCCACAGCAAAGACAAGAAGGACCCCGGCGCACUCACUCACUCCGGACUGUGGAGGAUCUGCUGCUUAGAGGGUUUGAAGCGUGGAGUUUGUGCGCAGAUUAAUCACUUCCCUGACGACGCAGACUUUGACCAAAAUGAAUAUGUUCUGCGAGUGGUCCGGGCCUCCAGUCUCUUCCCUAUCCUCAGCGCUAUACUGCUCCUGCUGGGGGGAGUGUGUAUUGCAGCAAGUCGUUUCUACAAGAGCAAAAGAAACAUCAUCCUGGGGGCAGGGAUACUGUUCGUAGCAGCUGGCCUCAGUAACAUCAUCGGGGUGAUCGUGUACAUCUCAGCCAGUGCAGGAGACAUCUCUAUGAAGAAGGACGAGGAUAAGAAGUGGCACUACUCCUACGGCUGGUCCUUCUACUUCGGGGGGCUGAGCUUCAUCCUGGCAGAGAUGAUCGGGGUGCUGGCUGUGAACAUCUACAUUGAGAAGAACAAGGAGGCGCGCUGCCGUUCACGGACUGACCUCCUCAAGAGCACCUCUGCCAUCCUGCGCCUGCCCAGCUACCGCUUCCGCCCGCGCUCUCGCUCCAGCUCCCGCUCCAGCGAGCCCUCCCCAUCCCGGGACCCCUCCCCCGUCAGGUUGAAGAACUUCGGGGGGCUGCCCCCCUCGCAGGGCCCCCUGUCAGUGUCCACCCUGCCCAACCCCCACUCCUCCUCUGGCGGGGCCGACAUCACCAUGUACACGCUGUCUCGGGACGCCAAGUUGGCGGGGCUGGGCGGGCUGGGUGCUCCUCUCUACGGGACAGUAGACAGGGCAGCGUUCUUUCAGGUCCACAACUGCUUCCCGAAAGACUCCCACCAGGGCAUCUCCUCCUCCUCCCAGCAGCUGAUCGACAGGCAGGGCGGGGGGGGCAACACGAACGGGGGAGGGGGGGGAGGGAGCGGGGGGGGGAGCAGCACUAUGGACAGGCAAGCGAAGGAGAGCUCCAAUUCAAACACCCUGAAUAGAAAAACCACACCAGUGUGA